CAAAACUCAAAGUUUUGUAAAUAAAAGUUUUGACAUUUGAUUGCCAUUUGAGUGACAAUUAAGCACUUAAUGUGAAAACAAACACCAAUUGUGUGGCAAAUAAUGGCCAAUAAUAUAGACUUUGAUUCACUUUUAUUACUCACGAAAGCCAAAAGUGAAUCCGAUAUACAAUUAAUAUGCGAUAACUAUAUAGACAUACAAUCGAUGACUAUAUCUGUGCCCAGAGUUGUGGUCAACAAAACCAGACAACUCUUAGACAACUAC